AUGCAACCUUACAUCUCGUCCGCGUCGCCACUGCCCAUCGUGUACAUGGAUGAGUCCUACAUCCAUCACCACUACAAGGCUCACCAAGAUAGUCUGUACGACACAAGCGACGUUCUAGACAAGAUUUCAAAUGAAAAGCACAAGGGCCAACGCUACUGUUUCAUUACGGGCAUCUUGGAUUCACUGACCAUGACCAGCUGUGUGGUCGGACUGGACAUUUUUACGGGUGGGAAGUCAAGAGUGAAGGAACCGAAGGACUAUCAUGGUAUGUUUAACGAUGACUACUUUGUCGGAUGGUUCAGCAAGUUGUUGGAUGAGUUGGACAGUCUUGGGGUGGUCAACGCGCUGAUUGUUAUGGACAACGCAAAAUACCACAAGGGGCACCCAAAGGAUACACCGACCAGUCGCCUCUGCAAGAAGUGA